ACCAAUAGCAGCCCACUCUGCGGGUUGCUGGAUACGUGGGGGAUGUGAAAUUUACCAACGUAUACUAUGGAAGAUGUCUCUGUUUAAAGGAGCAAUGAUAACUGCGUCAAAGUCAAGAAUAUUAAGCCUUGCGAGGGCAUCUACUCUCCUAAACAACCUCGGCGUAAGGCAGGAGCUUUACCGGCUUCCUGAAAGCUCCCAGCCGCUUUACAUAGCGGGGCAGCGGUGCUUCAGCAACGCCUCCAUCCGCAAAGAGAAGUCUGGGGAGCCGAGUCCAUCAGAAGAUAAGGUUCACCUCACAGAGUCAUGUGUGAAGAGGCUAUCAGAAAUCAUGGAGAAGGGCGAGUACCUGAGAAUACACGUGGAGGGAGGAGGUUGCUCUGGAUUCCAGUAUAAGUUUUCUGUAGAUCGCAACAAGAAUGAAGAGGACAGAGUGUUUGAGCAUGGGGGAGUGGGCAUCAUCGUUGACCAGGAGAGUCUGGAGUUUGUGAAGGGAUCCACUGUGGACUUCAGUCAGGAGUUGAUCCGCUCCACCUUCCAGGUCUUGAAGAACCCCCAGGCAGAUCAUGGCUGCUCCUGUGGCAGCUCGUUUUCUGUGAAAGUAUGAUUGAUGCUUCAGCACUGUUUAAUACUUUAGUUCAGUAGUUUAUUAGGUGGAUAUCUAGAACAAAAUGAUCAUUAUAAACCAGGAAAGACUAAAGUUUUUUUCCACAAACAAGAGAUGUGAUAUUAAUGGGUUUGCCAUUAACCUAUUCACUUUUGCAUUACUGCAGAGCUUCAUUCAGAUGUGUCUGUGAAACUAUAGUUUUAGAUUGUAACAUUUUAUUUGUGCUGUCAGAAAGAAAACUUUAACUUAUGGGAAACAAAAAUCAGCAUCUUUUCAAUGGGGACACUGUUUUUCAGACGAGAAGCUGUAUCAUCAUUUAAAACUCAUUUCCUUAUGCAGUUCUGUUGCAAAUGUGCUACUUUGUGUCAGUCAAACAGAAGGUCAGUGGGUAAUGAUGAUGGAAUGUGUUAAAUUCCCCUCAACGGAUCUUACUGUUACAUUACCACUGUGUCUUUCUACCAAAAGGCUACUAGAAUCUUAUCAGAUUUUUGUCGUAAAAUGGUAUAGGAAAGCAAGAGAGGCUCAAGGUCAUUUUCAGGUGCAGACAGAUUAACAGAAAGCUGUUUGUGUGUAAUCUAAGGUGGAUUAUGCACUUUUAGUUUCAUUAGCUUUAACAGCUAAUGCAAACACUACAAGUUCUCCUAAUAAUCUAGUGAGUAAAGGUUUUAGAUAAAUUCUCUUUAAGCAACUCUGAAGCUGAAUGAUUUGCCAACUUUGGUGUUUUUUGUUUGUUUUUGUGAAAAUGAGGCGAAAUGAAUGAGAUGUACUUGUUAUUCAGUGUGCUUUUUGAAGACAUGUACAAGCAACUGAUGUUUUUCAACACAACAAAACUCUUCAGUGUAAAUGAUGUAAAUAAGUUAUAACUAUCAGUUUAAUUUAUGAAGUUUGAGUUGGAAUAAAUGAGUGUACCUAUUAAA